AUGGCCGGCCUUGCAGAAGGCGUAGGUUGCGAUGAUGAUGCAGGCAGCGAUGAUGAAUUAGACGGCCUAGAGGAAGCCAGGACGGGGCUUGAUAUGCUCCUGCGCUCGCUUGCCCCUGGUGUCCUCGCUCCCAGGCUUCCUACUGCAAAGCCAGCACUAGUCGAGAGGGUGCACCGCGACCACCCACCGGUUUCUUCAAGCUCGGAUUCCAUCCGGGGUGAGCCUGCUGCGCCGGCUGCCGUCUCCGACACGGUGGUUCUCGACUCGCCAACAACAAAGUCCACUGGCCCGCGCAACUUCAAGCUCAAGCAGUCGACGCUGAGCUGGGCAAAACCUUCUUCGAGCACCGCCGUCGAGCAACCUGUCGCGAACAACACAGCCCCUCUUCCAUCCUUGGUCAUAGACAUUUCAGAGGCCAUCGAGGCAGUCUAUGCAGACGCUCUUUUGAAGUACAAAACCAAGUGGGAGGCACUUGCAGCGAAGGAUGCAGCAGAGGAGCUCCCCGUCUUCGACAUGGUCGACGAUCUCAUCCGGGCAGUGGCGGAUUUGCUUGGUCGGUCGGGACCGCGCCACGCACGGUUCAUGGACCUGCAGGAAGUCAUCACCGAAACGAGCCUUGAACUCGAUCUGGUGUCUUUGCAUGCGCAGAUCAAGCGGACAACGCGUCACAUCGAGAGCCGCUACGUGGACUGCGGCGAUGACUUCGGCGGCGGCAUGAGCCAGUGGCUGUCACCUUUCCUGCUGCGCCAUGGCCCGGGGUGUAGCCGCGAAGUGAAGGUGGAAGGUGUCGACAGUGACGGCCGACCAUCUUCUAUCACGUUCACCCUUCACGACGAGCCCGUGGACUCGUACAGCGGCCCGGAGGACCACGACGGGUGCAUCCAGUUGUGCACCGAGUUCGCAGAGAGGAUCGUGGCGAACCUGGAGGGAAGGCUCGGUGAUCUCGACUCCCUCUCUGGAGUCCGCCUGUUCACACCAGAUGCAUGGCCACAAAGCAAGUCUGAGCGGAACGCUCGUUGCCUGGAGUGGCUUCAGUCGCUGGUGACGAUGUUCAAGGCUCAGGACCGCGAGAACAAGAAGGGCAAGCACGAGGAGGAGCCAGUAGAUGUAGAUGAUGAGGAGGAGCCAGUAGAUGUAGAUGAUGAGGAGGAGCCAGUAGGAGAUGCAGGAGGUAGUUCUAGUGAUGAAGAUGAAAUGAGCAGCUAG